GUGCUUGACCUGUAAAAUGAAUCCAAACCUCACAGAAGUCAAUGUGCUCACCCAAUACUUACCAUGUUUCUUCGUAUAAAGACAAACAGAGUCCUGUUUUUUUUUUUUUUAAAACUCAUUCUGAAAGUAAUCAAAACUCUUUGAAUGUGUAUAUAAAUGCAGGCUUAUUCUUAGUUUUUCACUUCAAUUCAAAUCUUUUUUUGUUUUUAGUGUUGUUUAGAGGAAAGUUUUUGUAUACGUUUAGCUUUUGAUGGGUGGUCUUCUUAAUCAACAAGAGCUUUAAUUUGAUUACUUGAUUUUGUUCUAGCUUCCUUUCGAGAAGUUUGUGAAUUUUUUUUUUUGGGGCAGUGAUGUUUUAAAUUUAUUUGUUUUGGGCAGUGUGGUCAGAGAAUUUAGUAACUGUUUUGAAUUCUGAUUGAAAUAUUGAGAAUUCAAUCAAGAAGAGUUGAGAAAACCCAGAAGAGUUUUGAACCACAUCGUUCCUCUUCUUUAGGGUUUUGUUCUUUUUUGUGAAUAAUUAAAUUUCGUCGCUACUUUUGAGUGUCAUGUACUGUUUUGCCUUCGGAUUUUUAAAUAAAAAAUUCGAAAAUUUUCGAUCUUAAUUGUCUAGAUUUGAAAUUUUGAUUAAUAUGGCGUCUUAUAGACCAUUUGCUCCACCACCACAAUCCUCGUUUCCUCCGCCACCCCCGCCGACGAACCAGAACCCUACCCAACCCGCACCUCCUCCACCGCCGGCAUCAACACAACCACCACAGAGGCCAAAUCAGUUCAAUCAGAACUGGGGUUAUAAUGCCCAAAUGCCUCCCCAACAACAACAAAAUUAUCCACCUGCAGGACCACCUCCACCACCUCGCCAACAAUACCCGUAUGCUCAACCACCACCACCACCGCCCCCGGAGUCGUCGUACCCCCCUCCACCCCCACCACCACCACCACAACAACAACCACAGCAGCCCCCAAUGUAUUAUCCAGCUAGCCAGUAUACUCAAAAUUCUAUGUAUAACCUUCAACCACCAUUGCAGCCAUUGCAACCACCACUUCCACCUCCACCACCUUCAUCUCCGCCACCUAGUUCCUCUAUUCCACCACCACCUCCUCCUAGUUCUCCUCCACCACCACCACCUCCUAAGGAGAUUGAUAGUGGAGGUUCACGAUUCAAUGAUCACGAUAGAAGGAUGUCUAAGGAUGUUUCUAGGCUUGAUUCACGUGAUCAUGGGCAUCCGAGGCAGCACAAGCCUCCAGUGCCACCACAAAUGGUCAAGAAGGUCAGUGGAGGUACAGGUAGAGUGGAGACGGAGGAGGAGAGGAGGUUAAGGAAGAAGAAGGAGUUUGAGAAGCAGAGGCAAGAGGAGAAGCAAAGGCAACAAAUGAAGGAGUCUCAGAAUGCAGCAAUGCAGAAGACUCAUAUGAUGGCUUCUGCUAAAGGAGGCCAUGGGUCAAUUGUAGGGUCCAGAAUGGGGGAUAGGAGGGCUACUCCAUUUCUAAGUGGUGAGAGGAUUGAGAAUAGGUUAAAAAAGCCCACUACAUUCUUGUGCAAGUUGAAAUUCCGUAAUGAGCUUCCUGACCCAAGUGCACAGCCAAAGCUUAUGACUUUGAAGAAAGACAAAGAUCGAUUUACAAGAUACACUAUUACUUCUCUGGAGAAGAAUUACAAGCCCCAGCUGUAUGUUGAGCCAGAUCUUGGGAUACCUCUGGACCUGCUUGACCUUAAUGUUUACAAUCCUCCCAAGGGUGUCAGAAUACCUCUUGCUCCAGAAGAUGAGGAGUUGUUGCGGGAUGAUGAUGUGGUUACCCCUGUAAAGAAAGAUGGUAUAAGGAAAAAAGAACGGCCAACUGAUAAAGGUGUUUCUUGGCUAGUUAAGACUCAGUAUAUAUCUCCUCUUAGCAUGGAAUCAACAAGACUGUCUUUGACUGAAAAACAAGCAAAAGAAAUGAAAGAGAUGAAGGGAGGCCGUAACAUUUUAGAUAACCUUAAUGAUAGAGAUAGACAGAUCAAGGACAUUGAGGCAUCAUUUGAGGCUUCAAAGCUGCGCCCUAUUCAUUCAACCAAUAAAAGUUUACGUCCUGUUCAGAUUUGGCCUCUGGUACCUGAUUUCGAGAGGUAUGAUGAUCAAUUUGUUGUGGCUUUAUUUGAUGGUGUUCCAACAGCGGAUUCAGAAAUCUACAGCAGGCUGGACCAGUCUGUCCGUGAUGAGCAUGAAUCACGGGCUGUUAUGAAAAGUUAUGUGGCAACAGGCUCCGAUCCAGCUAACCCAGAUAAAUUUCUGGCAUACAUGGUCCCUUCUGUCGAUGAGCUAUCGAAGGAUAUGUAUGAUGAGAAUGAAGAUGUAUCAUUUUCUUGGGUUCGCGAGUAUCAUUGGGAUGUGCGUGGUGAUGAUGCCGAUGAUCCAACAUCAUACCUCGUUUCAUUUGAUGAUGACGAAGCUCGCUAUGUGCCUCUCCCCACAAAACUUAAUUUGAGAAAGAAGAGGGCCAGAGAGGGGAGAGCUAAUGAGGAUGUUGAACAUUUUCCUGUGCCUUCAAGACUGACUGUCAGGAGGCGAUCAAGUGUUGCUGUUAUAGAGCCGAAGGAUGCUGGGGCUUAUUCAAACUCAAGGGGAACCAGCUCAAAGAUGGCAAGGUUAGAUGCCGAAGAUAGCCUGGGAAGAUCACGAAAGCUCUCUCGACACCAAGAUCUCUAUCAUUCUAGUGGAGCUGAAGAUGACUUGUCUGAUUGAAUGCCAUCAAUGCUCAGGUUAACUAGAAGGAAAAUUUUCCAUUAAGUGCUGUAAUCUGGAAAAUGUAUCCCGUUUGGAGGGUUGGAAUAGGCACACUCAUUUUAUAUCAGGUUGGCUUAGGAGUGAUAAGGGUCUAGUUUUAUUUCAUUAGGUUUAUAAAAGUUAACUAGAUCCUGAUAAGUCCCUAACGACCAGCCAGAAGAUAUAAUUUUGUGUGGAUUAUAGCAUUUUUCCAGAUAUUAGGUGGUGUAAGUUUAUUUAGGCUCUCCCCUUGAAUACCAUAAGGCAGAAAAUGAGGUGUGAAGUUAGGUUAAACAUAACAGAAAUUUUGUUAUGGUAUCGAAGUGAGAAUGUUCAUCUUUGAAACAAAAAAAUAUAAUUGGCAAUAUAAGCUUUCUCUA